CGCACGGGCCUCAUCCCCGGCGCGUGUCUCUCGGGAACAGCGAAGCAUACGAUGGCGAUGACAGUCGGACACGCAUCCGCCGCGGUGCAGUGCGCCCCCGUCGUCGCGAAGGCGCGGGGCGCGCGCGUCUCCACCUCCUUCUCGUCGAGGAUGCCCCAGCCGAGGCCGAUUCUUCGGAUGACGCCGCGUGGAAACGAUCGGGCGGCCCGGCUGGUCGUCCGCGCCGAGGAGACGGUCGGGGAGAGGGUGAUGAACGCGGCCGGUUCGCCGGAGGAGGAAGCCGCGGGCCUGGCCUCCAUGCGCGCCGCGCUCGAGGCGAAGGGGGACUGCCCCCCCUGCGACGACCAGACCGCGCUCUGGUUCCUCCGCGACAGGAAGAUGGACGCGGAGGCUGCCGCGGAGAAGCUCGAGGACUUCCUCCGCUGGCGCGCGGAUCUCGGCGUCAUCACCGACGAGGACAUCAAGCCAUCGAUCGACGCCGGCGCCGCGUACGUCCACCCCCACCUCGACAAGGAGGGCCGCGCGGUGAUCGUCGUGGAGAUCGCCAAGCACAUCAUCAAGAACCGCGACCUGGAGGUGAGCAAGAAGCACGCAGUGCACGCCGUGGAGCAGUGCCUCAAGAUGAUGGAGGAUGCGCCCAACGGCAGCGGCAGCAUCUACGCCGUCUGGGACAUGCGGGACUUCUCGGGCGCCAACGCGGACCUGGACCUCGCCAAGUUUUGCAUCCUCGACGUCUUCCGCAAUUACUACCCCAAGCGCCUCAACCAGGUUGCGGCGAUUGACUCGCCGUGGGCGUUCAAGCCCGUGUGGGCCAUCCUGAAGCCCAUCAUCGGCAAGUACAGCAGCGUGGUGCAGUUCGUCAAGGCUGAGGACGUGCUGAAGAACUUCGAGCCGGGGAAGGAGCCGAAGUGUCUGACGACGGGCGCGGGUCGGGGGUGAGACAGGAGGGGUCUGAGGGUUUAUCUAAAAAGAGCAGAAGCUCGUGUUGAUAAAGUAUCGUAUUCGGUGAUGUGGU